ACCUUUUUCAAUGUAACGUUUUAUCGACCUGACGUAAGAUCGGCCAAUAAAAAUAAAGUAAACGAAAUUAAACUAACCUCAUUGGUCGAAAUAAGAAUGAGUUUAAAGUUAUAUUUUUGAGACUACUUGAUAUUCAAAUAAAUAUUUGUAAUGUCUUCGACACAUUUGUCAAGUGGAAGAUUAAAUGUCGCUCUUAUACAAGAACAAGCAAGAAAACAAUUGUUGCAUUUACUUGAACAAUGCGAUGGUACAAAGGCAAUUAUUUGGGACCAGUCGUUGGCUGGUCCAAUUGGACUUGUCGCAAAGUAUAAUUUGUUAGAGGAGCAUGAUGUUGUCAAAAUGUAUCCGUUAUGUGGUGGAACUUUAUCAAUACCAUCCAAUAUCGCAAAUAUUAUAUUUAUUACAAGACCGCAAUUAGCUUUGAUGGAUUUAGUAGCUGACAAUGUACACGGAGAAGAAGGAAAAAGGCCUCGUAAAGAAUUUCAUUUAUUUUUUGUACCAAGAAAAAGUUUGUUAUGUCAAAAGAAACUUCAAAACCGAGGUGUCUUUGGCAGCUUUACAUUAAUAGAAGAAUUCAAAUGUGAUUUAUUUCCAUUUGACAGCGAUCUUUUAUCAAUGGAACUUAACGAAUCGUUCAAAGAAUUUUAUUUGGAAAAUGAUCCUACUUGUUUGUAUCAAGUAGCUCAAGCUAUUCAAGGUUUACAAAAAUUAUAUGGAAAGAUUUCAAAGGUUACAGGUAGAGGACCUGCUGCUGCCAAAGUAUGCGAAUUAUUAGAACGAUUAAAUCGUGAAGAAGAAGACAGUAAAAUGCAUGUAUUGCAACCGACAUCUAUUGAACAUUUAUUAUUAUUAGAUAGAUCUGUUGAUUUAUUAUCACCUUUAGUCACUCAAUUAACUUACGAAGGCUUAAUAGAUGAAAUAUUUGGAAUAAAAUAUAAUACAGUACAGUUGCCUGCUAAAAAGUUUCACGACACCGAAGACUCUCCAACUGUAAUGUCUCUCAAUGAGAAAGAACAAAUUAUACUUAACUCUGGAGAAGAAUUAUUUGCUGAAAUUAGAGAUAAAAACUUUAAUGGAGUAGGUCCAGUUCUUAGUAGAAAAGCUAAAGUUAUAUCGUCGCAAUUUGAUGAACGACACGGAGAUAAAAGUGUUCAAGAAAUUAAACAAUUCGUAGCUAAACUACCACAUAUGUUGGCAACAAAACAAUCUUUGGCGAGGCAUACAACGAUAGCAGAAAUGAUAAAAGAAGUAACCGAUUCUAACAGUUUUCUAGAAUCUUUGCAAAUCGAACAAGAAUUAUUAAAUUGUAUAGAUACAGACAAACCUAAUUCAUACAUAGAAGAUUUAAUAGCUCAACAACAACCAUUGCUUCAAGUCCUUCGCCUUCUUUGUAUACAAUCGUUAACAAAUUCUGGUUUGAAACCUAAAUUAUUAGAUUAUUAUAAAAGAGAAAUAAUACAAACUUAUGGAUAUCAAAAUUUACCAACUUUAUUAAAUUUAGAAAAAGUUGGUUUAUUGAAAACACAACAAUCUACGCGCCAAUACACUGUAUUAAGAAAAGCAUUACGUUUAACAGUAGAAGAUGAAAGCGAAAUAACACCCAAAGAUAUUAGUUAUGUUCAUUCAAUAUAUGCACCUCUUAGUAUUAGAUUAGCGGAACAAUUAGUUCAACCAAAUGGUUGGCAAGGAUUAAACGAUGUAAUGGGUUUAUUACCAGGACCUACAGUAUCAAAUGUUUCACACAAUUUAGCAUCAGCAGGAAGAAGAAAUUCAAUUACCAGUGAAGACUCUAAUUCAGAUCUACCAAAAUUAAUACUUGUAUUUUUUAUUGGAGGAUGCACAUUUGCUGAAAUAUCAGCCUUACGAUUCUUAUCUCAACAAGAGGAUUUAAACGUCGAAUUUAUCGUGGGAACGACUAAAUUAAUUAAUGGUAAUACAUUCCUUUCAUCAUUGAUGGAAAAUAUGGAACAAAGUUGAUUUGAUAAGCGAUAAAUAAAUCUUUCUAUAUACUACCCCAAACAAGCGUGUCAUGUAUAUGUAUAUGUAUAUGUA